UUACAGACAAAAAGUUGUUAUUUCAAGCCUACGUUCUUCUGGAAACUUUCCCGUGAAACAGUAGCUGCAGUUAACAAAAUUUCUUGACCAAACUCCAGCUUCAUUUGAUUCUAUAAGCUUCACUAAAGCACCACUGCUACUUUGCUUUUCGAUUGCUUGGAAAUCUGCCAAUUAAAAAGUAGCAUCUGGACAUCUGAAGAAACUGGUUAUUUGUUCUGGUCGACGUAGGAAUGGGAAACCAAAUGUUCCCUCAAACGGAGCCAACUGAGAGAACGGAACUUAUACCCAUUCUGGACAGAGACAAUGAAUGUUGUGAUCGCCGGCUGAGUGAAAUCGAAAUGGGGGUUGAUAAAGAUCUCCCCACUGAACUAGAACCACACUUUACCCUACUUUCCACCGUUCUGUUCGCUGUCGGGCAAACAAUCGGCUCAGGUAUAUUCGUGUCUCCUAACGAGGUUGUGAAACAGGUGGGAUCCCCGGGUAUGGCGCUUGUAAUCUGGGUUGUUUCCGGUCUUAUCUCUCUCACUGGAGCGUUGUCGUUUGCAGAGCUCGGUACGAUGAUCAAAAGAUCUGGAGGAGAAUUCCAAUAUAUCAAAGCAGCAUACGGUAAACUCCCCUCGUUCGUGUACCUCUGGAUGUGCGGUGUUAUCAGAAACUCUAUGGGUUGUGCAGUGAUCGCCCUUACUUUCUCCAGCUAUCUCAUCUCUAUCUUUAUGAGUCACGAGCAUCCGCAUUUCUUGCUUGCUAAGAAAACUGGUGCGGCAACUGCCAUUGUGCUCAUAAUCGUGGUAAACUCGAUCAGCACAAAGUGUGGGGUGAGAAUGGCCAAUACUUUCUGUGUUCUAAAACUGCUGGCUCUGUUCGUACUGAUAGUGCUGGGUGCCUGGAAACUAGGUGAAGGGGGAACUGAGAACAUCAAAGUUGGGUUUAAGGACACAAACAUGAAUCCAGGAACUUGGACAACUGCAUUUUUUGCUGCUCUUUGGUCUUACAGUGGCUGGAAUUGUAUAAACAUGAUGGCGGGAGAAAUAAAAAACGCCUCAAAGAAUGUUCCCAGAGCCCUUGUAAUCUCCCAGAUAACACUGAUAACAGUUUACUUGCUAGCUAACAUAGCUUACUGUUCUAUCCUCACUCUCGAGGAACUGUACAAUGUGGAUGCUAUUGCGCUGUUUGUAGGGAAGAAGAUGUUGAUAAGAUACGGAGAUUACUGGGGACGUUUUGGAGAGAUCUUCUUUGGUAUAAGUGUAGUGAUCUCAACAUACGGUUCUCUGUCAUCAAGUCUAAUGGGCUCGUCAAGAUUACCAUUCAUAGCAGCCCAGGAGGGUAUGUUUCCGAAAUGUGUGGGUCUUAUACAGACAAGGACUGGAACCCCGAUAGUUGGGGUCCUUUACAUUGGUUUCACAGCAUUCCUGUUUGUCUGGCCGAGCAACAUUACAAACCUGAUAGCGUACGUGGGUUUCCUGUCCUGGUUCUGGUGGGGACUGUGUUUCCUUGCUGUUCCUGUUCUCAGGUGGAAGAUGCCAUGCUGCCCUCGCCAAUUCAAGGUGAGUUUGAUAAUCCCGGCUGUAGCAGUGCUCUCCACAGUGUACUUGGUGGUGGGGCCCUUCUUUGUGAAUCCCAUACCUUGUCUGCUCUGGAUUGGUAUCACUCUUCUCGGGGUGCCAAUAUACUACGGUUACGUUGACGGAGACAAAUCCUGUUCCAGAUGGAUGGAUAAGCUCAAUGACAUUUUGGCAAAGGUUCUUCGCGCUGAACUGUAGCAUCUUCUACACGGAGAGAACGGUCAUUAAAGUAUAUCCAAAGACUUUUGAGACUUAUGGAUAUCUGAAAACUUUUAAACUCUUUAAAUAUUUUGUUUUAUGAGACUAAGAGUAUUUUAAAGAUUUUAUGAAAAUAUCCAGGAUCAGAUAACUACUGUUUUGUCUACAAGAGGUAAAUAAACAAUAUAUUUUCUCGGUUUA